AUGUGGGCUGUAUUGGUUCUUGUAGGUGCUGCAGCUGCUUCAGCUUCACUUCACAGACACAACUUUGACGGAGACAAGGUGUUUCGUGUAAUACCACACAAUGAAGAGCACGUAGAAUUCCUCAACACCUUGGCCAGCAACAUACAGAUUGAUUUCUGGAAUCCAGAGACCAUCACACAAGUAAAACCAGAAAUGAGAGUUGAUUUCCGAGUUGAAGCAGACAAGUCCUCUGAUGUUGAGAGUCUCCUGGAGCAGAGUGGAGUGGAAUUUGAAAUUCUGAUUGACAACCUGAAGACGGUACUUGAUGCUCAGUUUGACAGCCAUGUUCGUGCUACUGGACACAAUUAUGAAAAAUACAACAACUGGGAAACGAUAGCUGCUUGGACUGCUGACAUUGCUGCUCAGAACGCAAACCUUGUCUCCCGCACUGAGAUCGGGACUACAUUUCAGGGACGGCCCAUAUACCUCCUGAAGGUGGGGAAAAGUGGUUCAAACAAAAAAGCCAUCUUUAUGGAUUGUGGUUUCCACGCAAGAGAGUGGAUCUCCCCUGCAUUCUGCCAAUGGUUUGUGAAAGAGGCUGUUAGUACCUAUGGAAGUGAUACCCUUAUGACACGUCUUCUCAACAACUUGGAUUUCUACGUCCUGCCUGUCCUUAAUAUUGAUGGCUACGUCUACACCUGGACCAAUUACCGCAUGUGGAGGAAGACACGUUCCACAAACUCUGGCAGCAGCUGCAUUGGUACCGACCCCAACAGGAAUUUUAAUGCUGGGUGGUGCACAGGUGUUAAUGCCUCGAAAAGACCAUGCGAUGACACUUAUUGCGGCAGCGCCCCCGAGUCUGAAAAAGAGACCAAGGCUCUGGCUGACUUUAUUCGUAAAAAUCUCUCCACUAUCAAGGCAUACUUGACUAUUCACUCCUAUUCCCAGCUGCUGCUGUUUCCUUAUUCUUAUACUUACUCUCUUCCAGAGGACUAUGCAGAGCUGAAUACCAUUUCUAAAGCUGCAGUUCAAGAGCUGGCUUCAUUGUAUGGCACAAAAUAUACCUUUGGUUCAGGUGCUGCAACAAUCUAUCCUGCUGCUGGUGGUUCUGAUGACUGGGCUUAUGAUCAGGGUAUCAAGUACUCCUUCACCUUUGAGCUCCGUGAUAAAGGCACAUAUGGAUUUGCACUCCCUGAAUCUCAGAUAAAGCCAACCUGUGAAGAGACUCUGAAAGCUGUUAAAUAUAUUGCCAAUUAUGUCCUUGACCAUUUAUAUUAGAAUGGUACUACAAAAUUAUUCAAGAAAACUUGUUUCAAAUAUACUGUCCCUUCUAUUCUCUUUCCCUGAUGGCUGACGAUUUCUGCUUUACAGGGUGCUGUUAAUUCUCCCUUACACUUGAGCUCUAGAGCCAAUGGAAAUAUCUUGGGAUUUUUCUAUUAAUCACAAAUAAAAAUGGCA